UUCCCUUUGUGGAAAAAAGCCAACACCCCUCCAAACUGCAAAUUAGUCACCAUGGCACGUUUACAUGUAACGGGAACCUCGCAGCUUUUAUGUUAAUGAGAUACUGGAACAAUAGCCGCCGACCAGUGGUCAAAGGCGGGAAGAGCGGCCGCGUGUGACCGCCAGUCCGAAGGCCACCCACUUUGCGGGGGAUGUUGUCAGGGGAAGUGGGACGAACGUCCAUCAAUGUAUCUUAAGCCCGACCCGGUAAACGUCCCGCCCGAUUUGUACCUACCACAAAAACCAGCAUCCUUCAAAAAGACACACUUGUUACUUACACCAACGGAUGACGUUCACUCCAGGUUUAACUUGCUCUCCGCACACGAACCUGGUGUGACCACAAGAUGGUUAUAAGCCGGAAGAUGGUGCCGUUGGUAUCAUUUUUGGCUGCCCUUCGCAUUCUCACCGAAGCUCAAAGUUGCAAUAAUGGUGUCGGCAAGUUGAUGUUCGAAAGAGUUGCUGACUACAAAUUAUCCGGUACAAAUAGCAACAAUUUUGGAGGAACACGAAGAGCAGAAGUCAUUACACGAAAAGAUCUGCCUAUUAGAGUUCUGUCUGAAUGCAUACGAAGAUGUGCCGAAGACAGGACAACAACCCAGCAUGUUCCACAGUGUCGGUCGUUCGAUUUUCUGCCAGGUAAAAGGUUAAGCCCUGUACCUUCCCACGAAGGAAAUGACUUAGGUCCUGGAAGGACUAAUAUUGUUGCCGAAUAUGAAGAUUCAAGUUGUUAUCUUUAUUACGAUCAGGCAUCACCUGACGGCUCAGAGACGUUAGUCCAACAACACAAUGUCUGGCAUUUUAAUGAAGUUUGCAUCACAUCGAGUAAGGUGAGCACUGAAUGUAGUAAUCGGUUAUAUGUCAUGGAAAGGACUCCUGGAUUCCGAUUCGAGGGCAGUGGCGACCGUGAGCUCUUUGCCGUGAAUCGCACUGACUGUGAGAGCAAGUGUAUCAAUGAAGAAAGCUUCAAAUGUCGAUCCUGCAGCUUCGACAGAGCUGGAUCCGUAUGUCGGCUAAGCAGAGAAACGAGAGCCAUGAAUCCUGCAGGUUUCAUGACAGAUGCCAAUAGCGAUUACAUGGAAAACCUUUGUUUAUCUGGAUCCGAUUUGUGUUCGGCAACCGCUCUUAUUCUCGAAGCUGGAAAAGAACUAGAAGGUGCCUAUGAAAGGGACCUUUUCACAGUCAGAGACUUCAAAGAUUGUUCUGAUAAAUGCAUACACAGCUUGACAGAACGAGGUUUUAUGUGUAGAUCUUUCCUGUACUAUGACAAAAGCAAGACAUGUGUCCUAUACCCGGACGAUCCCGUUGGAGAUGCCGAAGGACCAGAUAUACAAAAGCCAUUGAAAGCCAGCAGUGGGGAUCUGUACCGAGUGUUUUGUGGAACAUCGGACAGAGAUGCCCUGAUCAACAACCUGACGUUCGAAUGUUAUCGCCGGAAGCGCUUAGACGGACCCCACCAGGCUGAGACCAAGUCCUAUUCAUUUCAAGAAUGUCUGGACGAGUGCAUGCGGCGCUAUGGACGCGACUGCCGUUCUGUUGAGUACAGCUCGAGGUAUCAGUCUUGUCGAUUCAGCAGUUAUGACGGAAGCAUGAAACCUAGCCUCGUAGAUGAUGACUUCUAUGACUAUUACGAGUUCAAGUGGUUUCGAGGUGUGGGUGGCAACAGUGGCAGUGGGAGUUUCGGUACACGUGGGGGUCCCUGGUCAGGAGGUUCUUCAGCUCAAAGUGGAGCAGCAAGCUGGCCUAGCAGCGGUGGGUCAAGCGGAGGAGGUGGCAAUCCAUGGAGUAACGGAGGCAGCAGCAUCUGGACUGGAAGUGGUGGUUCCAUGAGUGGAGCUUGGCCAAGUGGGAGUGCUGAUUCAGCGUCUAGUUCUUGGUCUUCUGGUGGUAGUGGUGUUGCUGCUGGUGGAUGGGCGAGUGGACCACCAGGUGGAUGGACUAGUGGAGGCUGGACGAGUAGUGGUCUAUGGCCUAGUGCUGGAGCACCUCCACCAGGUCCUGUUUUACCUCCAUGGGCAGGGGCUCACUUUGGAUGGCCAGUUCCUCCACCUAUUGGACCUCACAGUGCUCAUGGACAUUUUCCUCCUCCCCCUCCUCCAUACCCACCUCUUCCGCCACCGGAACUCUGCGGAAAAUCAGGAGGAAUUGGCACUUUCAAGAAAAUUGGAUAUGGCAUGAGACUACGGAACCAUUUUAUCAUACGUGUGAUACGAGCUGAAACAUUACCGGACUGUGAGCGAGCUUGCAUGGAAGCAAGGGAUUUUGCUUGUCUGUCUUUUAAUUUCAGAUCAUUCUUCCCUGACAAUUGCGAGAUGAGUGAUCAGGAUAGUCAUUUAAUACAAAUCGGAAGCCCACUAUACUUUGAAUUGAACACACAAUUCGAUUUUUACGAAAGAGAACCCACUGGCGUAUCACCUGGAUGUUUAGAUGUGAGCCAAUCCUGUACCUUGGAUGGAAUGGAAUUCACGCUAAAGACUCCCGACGGAUUUUACGGAAGAAUUUAUACCUAUGGUUUUUACGAUACCUGCUUUUAUGAUGGAAAUGGUGGCAACGUCAACGUUCUACGUAUUUCUCGAGCAAAUGGGUUUCCUCGAUGUGGUACUCAACAAUAUGGCGAUGUCAUUACCAACAUCGUAGUAGUGCAGUUCAAUGACUACGUCCAGACCUCCCGGGACAAAAAGUAUAACUUGACUUGUUACUUCUCUGGACCAGGAGAAGCUGUAGUCACUUCUAAUUACCUGGAUACCAGAACAGAUGGGCGGUACCCAACGCAAAUUGAACACCUGCCUGCCCAGAAUGUACUCACAUCAAGCGUCGUGUUGAAAAUUUUGUACAGAGGCGCCCCCACAACAACUAUUGCUGUCGGAGACCUUUUAACAUUCCGUCUGGAAGCACGAGGCAAUUUUCACUGGGAGUAUUUUGCCGAUAUAUUUGCUACUAAUGUCAUUGCCAAAGAUCCCUAUUCCGGACGUCAAGUGCAUUUAAUUGAUGCAAGAGGAUGUCCAGUCGACUUAUAUGUUUUCCCAGAGCUGCACCGAACACCAGAUGGAGCUCUAGAAGCAGAAUUCUAUGCUUUCAAGAUACCUGAUUCAAAUUUACUUGUUUUCCAAGCAACUGUGCAAACUUGCCGGGGUCCCUGCGAACCUGUGAUUUGUAGUGAUAAAGCAAGACCUGGUACUUUCCCAUCGUGGGGGCGUAAAAAGAGAUCAGCAUCUCCUGCACAAACGGUGGAUCAACCUCAAACGAAUGACACAGAAAUACUUGAAGAAGAACAAGAAGAAGUCCAUGAAUUGCUGAAAGUUUAUCUUUCACGUUCUGAUAUUCCACCAGAAGAAAUUACACCAGUAGGUGAAAAAACUUCCACGGUGUGUGUUGCUCAGGCUGGUUACUAUGGCAUGAUUUGUACAGUUGUUAUUUUGUUAUGCUUAGUUGUUGCAGUGGUUGCCAUGUCUUAUUACUUCAUAAGAAGAGCGCGAAUAAUGGUGAAGAAGAUGGCAACUUCUGGGAUAUCUGCAUCAGGUCCUGAGAAUCCGUACGUGUCUCAGUUCCAAGUGAGAAACUUCGCAGAUCCAAGUGAACCUAUUUAUACAGAUCCUUCGUUGUUUGAAAGACCUCGAAACACUCUUCAAAAUAUGACUGCUCGUACAUUAGGCAAAUUAAACAAUGAUGUAGACUAAUAUUAAUAGAUCAGCAAGACUGUGAUAUUAUGGUGAAAAUGUUGAUAUAUGAAGUACUGUCUCUUGAAGCAGCAACAAUCACUAUUGCGAGAGAAUAGAUAAACAUUAUUUGAAAGUUGGAUCUAUUGAGCAUGUGCUGUUAUUUUACCAUUUUUGUGCUUCAUUCUAUUUCGUAUUGCACCCCCAACUUUGGUAUAGUGUACAAAAAGUACAAUUUUCGGUUUUUUUUCCGAAUUUCUUAAAAGUCAUUCCAAUUUUUACGAUUCCUGCAAUUUGAUAACCCUUGGCUAAUCAGUACUUUCACCUAUUAAAAAUUUAUUUCAUAGAUCGCUAUAUUAAAUAUUUCAACUUGAAUAUGAUUAACUAAAAAAGUACUAUCUUUUCUUGGCAUUACAGGCCUAAAUCAAAGGCUGAAUGCUGUCAAUAUUUGAAAAAUAAAUUAUAAUUCCUAUGUCUCCAAAGAAUUUAAAUCAUUGCAAUCACUAAAAUCUUAAAACCUUAUAACCAAAGACAUAUGCUUUUAUUUAAACAUUUUUUAGCUUCGUUUUCGCUAAGUAUUUUUAUUAAAUUCGUUCGAAGCGCCAAAGUGUUAUGACUUAGAUAGAAUUAUCAGAUUUCCACUCAGGAAAUCAUUCAUUUUUUUAUUCGAUCUUUGUUGAUAAUCAGUUGUAAUUCAGAAACAUACUAAAUGUUUCUGUGGAUAUUUUAAACUAGAACCAAAUUGAGCAGCACCAUAAAAUACAUAUUGAAAUUUAUCUGCAGACAUUUAUAUCUUUUAUUAACGUAUAAAGAGAAAUUAAAUUAUAUUUAUUUAAAAAGAAUUCCAUUUAGGCAUAAUUUUGAAAUAUAUGAAAAAUUAGUAUUUUUAUUUCUGUAUUAUUGAUUUUUAUUUUAUAUUAUUCAUAUAUUUUCGUAAGAACUUUCAAAUCUUCCACCAAAUUUUCAUUUUCUAGGAUAGAUUUAAGACUUUUGCAAUAACUAUUUCAUUCUUUUAACUAUUUUAAGUAUUAAGGUUAACUAUUUCAGUCUUUUAUUGAAAUUUCUACCCGAAAUAUUAAAUUUACUAAAUAUUCGUGAUAAAACUAUUCAUAUUUUUCAAGAUGUGUUUUUCUCUUCCAAUUUUACCCUUUACUACUAUACCAAAGUUUCACCUUUACUACUAUACCAAAGUUUAUGGCAAAAUUUUCAUUAAUGUUAAAAAAAAUUAUAGAAGCUACUCUAAUUCCUGUCAUAUGUGCUUUGAAUUUUCAUCCAAUCUCAUUAUAAUACUAGUUAACAGUUUAGUGCAUUAAAUCUAAUAUUAAAAGUGUCUAAUUCUGUUAUAAUAUAUGUUGGACUGCAGCAUAUUUUAUUAGUGUAAAUAAUUAGGCUUAUAGCUUUUGGGUGAUGCCAUCUCGAAUAAACAAAUAUAGACCGUUAUUAUAUUCUGUUUGAAUUAAUGCAUGCCUGAUGGAGCUUUGUGGUCGCCAAGGUGAAAUAUCACGUUGUAUAAAAAGCACAGUGAAACCAAAGACAAAUAUGAGAGAGAAUUUUGUAAUUAUUGAAUAAAAUAUUUUGUAAAACUCA